GGGCAUUUGGUAAUAGCCGAGAACUAUUUUCAGCUAGUUCCCCGGUUCAUGGGCUUGUGAUCCGGCUCUUAAGCUGGGCAACCAAUGUGGCCCAAAUGAAACGGAGUACAAACUUACAGAAAAGGGUGGUUUAGUAAACACAUAUCUGUUUGCAGGAUAACGUCGUCCGCCUAUAUAAAGUGCUUGGCAAAUUAGGGUUUCAGAGUCCCAGUACGAGAUCCCGUCGUCUUCUCUGUGUAGCUCCAGCGGGAAAAUGUCGAUCGGAGAAGUAGCCUGCACUUACGCCACUCUGAUCCUCCACGAAGAAGGCAUCCCCGUCACUGCGGAAAAAAUUGCUACCGUUGUAAAGGCUGCCGACGUUCAAGUGGAGUCGUACUGGCCCGGCCUCUUCGCCAAGCUCUGCGCGAAGAAGAACAUUGAUGAUCUCAUCAUGAACGUUGGCGGUGGUGGUGGUGGUGCGGUCUCCGUUUCUGUUGCUGCCCCCUCUGCUGCCAGCGCCGCUGCUGCUCCUGCCGCUGAAGAGAAGAAGGAGGUUGUCGAAGAAGAGAGUGAUGAGGAAUAUGGGAUGAACUUGUUUGAUGAUUAGAGUUUUAAAGUUUUUUUGUAAUGUUAAGAUUUUGGUUCUGCAGCCCUUUUUUGAUAAAUCUAUUUUGCUCGUGUCGUGGGGUGAACUUUUGAAUCCUAUCAUGGUUGAAUUAUAUGUUGAUGUUUCAGUGAUUCUACUAAUUUAAUGUUUAAAAUUGGUUGCUUUUAUUUGAUCUGGAAACGAGAAUCAUACAGAGCAUUGGUUGCUUAGUUCUUA